UCGAUGCCAAUUGCAACAGCAGCAGAGGUAGAAGCUAAUUUAGAAGAAAUAUACAUGGUGAAAACAGUGGAAAAUUUCUGGGGAGUAUACAACAAUAUUCCAGAUGCCAGUGACUUACCCCUACGCUUCAGCUACCACCUGAUGAGGGGUAAUAUAAAACCCCUGUGGGAAGACCCAUGUAAUGCACAAGGAGGAGAUUGGAAAUUCAAAGUUCAAAAGCAGAAUACGACCAAAUUAUGGAAAGAGGUACUACUAGCAACGAUAGGGGAACAGUUUUCAACCAGUAUAUCACCAGAUGAUGAAAUCUGUGGAGUGAGUGUGAGUAUAAGGAACACCAAUGAUGUCAUACAAGUAUGGAACAGGUACUCUCGGUUUUCUGAGCAAGCUUUAAUAGUUGACAAGGUCCAGACCCUAACUCCAGACAUAGAUUUCAGGGCAACUUUCUACAAACCACACCAUCAACGUGAAUCAUUUGAGAAGAAUAGACCUUAGACAUUCUGUUGUUUUUCACUCUUACUGUUAGGCUUUGUGUACUUCCAAUGAUAAAGAAGAUUGAAUUGGAAGCACCCCAGAUGGCUUCAGUCGGCUACCAUCCAUCCUUGUUGAUCUUGUGCAAUAUUUUUAACUGCUUAGGUCGGCCAUAUCACUGAGCUGAGUGAUAAAGAGCUACAUUCAGUUUGUUGGCCUGUUAGAAGACAUAUAGAUAUGAUUUAGUCAAACCUGCCCAAUGGGCCAAGCAUGUGAAGUCUGAAAGCAAGCCUACGUUAGCCAGGACAGGUGGAAUUCUUCACAUUGAGUUUCAUGAAUUUUACAACAGGUACCAUAUGAGUUUGAAAUAUAUGAGGUCAGGAUGAUGAAGGAUUAUGGCAGGUGGUUUCAUGCUGAAGAAGUAAGAUACUAAUAGCUAGCCUUACAUUUGCAUGGAAACAUGAAGUCCAAACUUGUUGAUUUAAAAGCCCAGUGAUGGCAUAGAGAUGUGGCCAUUUGGUGUAAUAAAACCACUCCCUGCUAUGCCAGCAGUGUGUACUGUUGCAGUAGAUAAAUUAUAAUGUUUUAAAUGUGAAUAAGGUAUUUUGAAAAUGAAUGUGCUCACUGCCACAACGUUCAUGAUACACUUAUUUUUUAUUAUAAAAUAGGUGUAUUAUUUCAAGCAUCGCGAUUGGCCAAUACGCGUCACAUGACAUCCAACUUUUUUUGUGCACUGCACGGCAGUGCAAAAGGUGUGCAACGAAAAUUGACAUUGCACGCUCAAGCAGACUAGUGCGGUAGAAGUCCCGGGAGAAGUUCAACAAAACUGUACUGUAACUUUUUAAGAAUUUGUUUCUGUGUUGCUAUUUUAUAAAACAAAUAAUGCACUUGCUCUGUCAUGUGUAAAAGUAAAUGCAGAGAAAGCUUGGUUUCUUCAGAUGGUGCACACUGGGCACUCGCCGCCAGCGGCUCGUGCACAGUGCAGCACCUAUCUGAAGAAACCUCGCGUGCUCUGCAUUUCCACUAACGCACUCGGCUGCAUGCAUUUUUUGUAUAUUAUCUUCUUUGCAGGGAUAUUCACACCAGCCUAUUUUUUAACACUAAAUGUAUUUAAUUCAAUGAAGCAGUAAAAUUAUGCUUGAUGAGUUUUGAUAUAUAUAACUUCAGAUUAAGCUUUGGGAAAAUUUACUUUAUAGUUGACCUCCAUGAUUUCUAGUGCUGUUAUCGGUAAGAAAAUUCUCUGUCGAUAUAUUGGUAAAAAUAUCUAACCGAUUUUGACGAACGAACAUUUUAUUUAUAGGCCGGUUUUGAAUUUAAAUUGAAUGCGCCACGGCAGUUUAGACAAGGCCGCACCCCGUCCAUGUCUGUGCCGUAGCUUUUAGGCUACGCAGAUUGUGCACUGUCGGUGUCCGUAUAACUUGCUUACAUUUCUUAAGUUACGAACAUGACGAAACGAAUAACACCCAUACAAAGGAAAACUAUUAUGACAGAAAACCCAUAAAAAGAAAGAAAUUACUUUACCUGUAACGGUUUCGAAUCUUUUAUUGUCUAGCUGAUAUUUUAAACUCUAAAUGUCCAAACCAGCAACAAAUUAUUUAAUGUUCAUGAUUCCCAAAUUCACCUGGUUUGCAGAGGCCAGCCCUCGUGCACGCGCCCUUGAACAUCCAGCGCUGUCAUUGAUUGGCCCUAUCCAGCCCAAUAAAUUACCAAUCAUAGCCGUCAAGUUUGUCACAAAUGAAACUUUUGUGGUGUGCGAGACAGCCUCAUAGCAAUAACAUCGCUAACAGCUGGAGCAAUUAGACCUUUAUAACUGGCCCGCAUUAUCGACAACGAGAGAAAAGUUCUCGAUAAUCGCUAAGUGGCAAAAACAUGCGAUAAUCUACAGGACAAGGAUAAAGAGUUUAUCGAUAACAGAACUAAUGAUUUCAAAAUUUAGUAAGACUCUAUGAAUACAAAAUGUAUAUUAGUUUAUGAAAUUAUAUUUUAUUUAUUCAUUUUAAUAUUUUGUGAAGUAUCUGCUGAAGUGAGUACAUAAUCCAUAGUCUAAAAAUUUGGAUGGAUUUGAUUUUUAGAGAAUAUGUAUUGAUAUUACAUAUUCACAUAAUGUUCACAUUUAAGAGACAUUCAACAAAAAAUAUAUCCUUGUGCCAGUGGUAUAUUCUACAUGCAGUAUAAACAUGUGAGACAUUUUUGGUGUAUUUUAUUUUAAAUUGUAGGUUUUAAAAUACAGUCUGUGGACAUCUCUUUUUAAUAGGUAGCCUAGUGUAAUUGGACAUAUGAUAUGUAUACUACAUUAUUCCUGGUACUUGUAUUAUGAAACUAGAUUAAAGAGAUG